UCUGUGGUAUAAAAAUGCAACUUUUUUUCAAUAAAUUUUCAAAAAAAUUAGAAAAUUUUUAACAAAUUGUACAGUAAACAAAAUGAUGAACAAAUAGAAGUUGUGCAGUGCAAUAAUACAGAAUUGACCUAUUUAGUUUAUACUAGUUCGAUCUUAAUAAUUAAAAAUAAUUUCUUAAAAAAACAAAUUUGUUUACAUUAAAAUGUCGGAUAACAACAACAAGGGGCCCAUAAUAAACCCGGCGCUGUGUCGCUGCUGCCAUUCAAUAAAGAAAUGUAGGCUUCUUACAGCUGAAUAUGAGUUUAACGGAGGAAAGGAGGUGUAUUCUGACAUGUUUAUGGACAUUUUUGGCCUUGUUUUGCCGUACCUGGACGGUGACAGCAUGGACUGCUGCAUAUGCGCGACGUGCGUCAAGCGACUGCGCGAGGCGGCCGACUUCAGGAAGCAGGUGCUGCAGUCGGAGCAACUGUUCUUAGAUGCACGACUCAAAGAGGACGACAAGAAUGCUGGCAUGCUGGAAAUAAAAAUCGAGCCAACAGCCGAUGUGGCACAGAGCAAUAUGGACACCACGGACCACCAUGAUGAUGUUUCAGACUCAGACAUGGAUAUAGCUGUGGAAGAGAAACCCAAACCAGUCAGAAACAAUGCGGCGAGGACACUGAAACGAACCAGGAACGGUCAGAAGCUGGACAUGAACCGGCAGCUCUCCACCGCCAGCAAGAUACGGAGGCUGCAUCGGAAAAUGGAGAAGUUAUUGAAGAAAGAACCACCAGCCAAGAAACCUCAACCGAAGAAACAGAAUGAGGUCAUGGACCAAAACCGCAUGGCACUAAUCAACACCGUCCUAAUAGUCACAUACUCAUACGCUUGUCCGUUCUUCAACCGUAUAAGUUUCUACUACUGCUUCUAUUGCAAAGACCAGUUCACCAACCCGUCAGAACUGAGAGAACACAGCCUAACACACGACUCCAAACUAUUUGAGAAUUCCAUCCAACACAACAAAAUACCAAUAGUCGAUAUAACGAGAAUAGAUUGUAGGUUGUGCGAAGAAAAAAUUGACGAUAUAGAAACAUUCAAAAAGCACAUAACGUCCAAACACCAGAAAGUUGUGUACCCCGUUACGAAUGAGUUUUUAAAGUUCAAGUUGACGUUGAAUAAUUUAACGUGUACAGAAUGCAGUUCAGUGUUUCAGUUCUUUGAUUCGUUGAAGAAACAUAUGAUUGAACACUUUGGGACACACACAUGUGAUGAAUGCGGUGCACGGUUCAUCGAACUGGCAUUACUACGGUCACACAUAAGGAAGAAACACCAUAAGGUCGAUGCAAAUUACCCGUGUGAGAUAUGUGGGAAGAAUUUGAAAUCUAAAUACAGCAUGGGACUGCAUGUGGCCACCGUCCAUGAGAAGAAACCAACGAUUAACUGUUACAAGUGUGAUGCAUCGUUCCUAUCAUAUGCGUUGAGGAAUAGACAUUUGAUCGAAGUCCACGGUGACAAGAGGACGUUCCCAUGCAAGUUGUGUGAUAAAGUUUACAAUCGAAGGAAGACCCUCAUGGAGCACCACCGACGGAGUCACCUCAAAGUCUUCAACCACCAGUGCGAGCUGUGUGCACAGACGUUCUAUCUGCCUUCAAGUUUGCAGGAGCACAUGGCCAUACAUAAAGGAGAGAGGAACUUCAAAUGUGAACAGUGCGAUAAGACAUAUCCAGGAUUGAAAUCAUUGAAUUGUCAUAUGAGAUCUCACAAGCGAUAGUAUAAUGUAGUAGGUUAUGGAUUUUUUUUUCAUGUUGUUAAUGACCUCCAUGGUGUAGUUGGUACUGUAGUGGCUUACAAUAGAGAAGUCCUGGAUUCAAUCGGUUUGGAAUAAGAUUUUAUAUUUUCUUAUUUGACCAGGUCUUUUUUGACGGCCUCCGUGGCGCAGUGGUAUGAGCAGUGGAUUUACAAAACGGAGGUCCUGGGUUCGAUCCCCGGCUGGGUCGAUUGAGAUUUUUUUUAAUUGGUCCAGGUCUGGCUGGUGGGAGGCUUCGGCCGUGGCUAGUUAACACCCUACCGACAAAGACGUACCUCCAAACGAUUUAGCGUUCCGGUACGAUGUCGUGUAGAAACCGACAAGGGGUAUGGAUUUUCAUCCUCCUCCAAACAAGUUAUCCCCCAUUCCAUCUUAGACAGCAUCAUCACUUACAGGUGAGAUAGUAGUCAAGGGCUAACUUGUAAAGGAUAAAAAGAAAAAAAAAAGUUCCGAUCUAAUAGUGGGCUUUGGCCGUCGCUAGUUACCACCCCCACUGAAAACGAUAUACCGCUAAGUGAUUUGGCGUUCCGGUACGAUGCUGCGUAGAAACUGUCUGCUUCCAUAUUAGACUGUAUAGUUACUUAUCAUGAAGCAAAGAGUGAACUUGUCAGUCCUUCCAGAGAUUAACCCAGACAAACUGACAGGUUUAUUAUGGUAUAAAUAACAAUAAUCACUUGAUAAAACUUAAUACGUUCGCUGCGGUACUGAUUUCUCUGUACUUUUCCGUACUAAAACAAUCUGCGUUGCGAUACGAGGUUCAUCGACCUCGUACCUCUUGAAGACGUGAUAGUUACCUACGAGGUCAAUUGACCUCGUCCCGCAGUGAACGUCUUAAAAGUUGAAGUAAUUUUAAAUCACAGACAGACGCUUCCAUUUGAUGUAUAUGUAUUGAUUUUAUAGAGGUAAAGUUUUUGAGGGGCAAUUUUUGAUUAACCGAUUUUGAAAGUUCUUUUAAAAUAGAGUAAGAGAAGAAAGAAAAUAGGUAUCAUAAUUCUUUUUUCCUUGAAAACGAACUUUACCAGAGAGAUAGAAAAAGCUAUUUUCUACCCAGCGACGCUGCGGGCAACAGCUGGUGAGGAUAAAGCAUUGUGUACUUCCGAUGUUGAAAUUUGUUAAAAGAUGAAAUAUUGUCUUGUUCUUAGAAAUAAGCUGUAAAUGUUAUUCUAAUGUGAAAAUGUUAUUUAUUAUUUUUAAAUAAAAUCAUAACUUUAA